CCCGCCCUCCUCCCUCGCGGCUUUCUUUGUGCGCAGGGCAGGGGCGGCCCCGAUCCAUGGUCAUGGGCGACAAGAAGAGCCCGACCAGGCCGAAGAGGCAAGCCAAACCUGCGGCCGACGAAGGCUUUUGGGAUUGUAGUGUGUGCACCUUCAGGAACAGCGCUGAAGCCUUCAAAUGCAGCAUCUGUGAUGUCCGGAAAGGCACCUCGACCAGAAAACCUAGGAUAAACUCGCAGUUGGUGGCACAGCAAGUUGCCCAGCAGUAUGCAACCCCACCACCACCCAAGAAGGAGAAGAAAGAGAAAGUGGAAAAACAAGAUAAAGAAAAACCUGACAAAGAGAAGGAAAUCAGUCCCAGCGUCACAAAGAAGAACACUAAUAAGAAGACUAAACCAAAGUCAGAUAUUGUGAAAGAUCCUCCUAGUGAAGCAAACAGCAUACAGUCUGGGAAUACUACAACAAAGACAAGCGACUCAAAUCACACUUCAAGACCCAGACUGAAAAAUGUGGACAGAAGUACUGCACAACAGCUGGCAGUCACAGUGGGAAACGUCACGGUAAUUAUCACAGACUUUAAGGAAAAGACUCGCUCCUCUUCCACGUCAUCUUCUACAGUGACCUCCAGUGCAGGCUCAGAACAACAAAAUCAGAGCAGCUCGGGCUCUGAGAGCACAGACAAGGGCUCGUCCCGCUCCUCCACGCCAAAGGGGGACAUGUCAGCAGUCAAUGAUGAAUCUUUCUGAAAGUUGCACAUGGAGUUGUGGAAACUAUGAAUCAGGGUAUGAAAUUCAAACACUCCACCUGCCCACGCUGCUCACAUCCUGGAGAGCCUCUUCUGUGCUUGAACACACUUCCUUGGACAUCGACCUCUUACUGAUGCAACCAGGAUAAUUUCUGCUUGCCGUGGGCAUCUGGCUACCAAGGAAUUUCUCACCCUAAUGAUUACUCUUGACACUUUUAUGUAUUCCAUUGUUUUAUAUGAUUUUCCUAACAAUCAUUUAUAAUUGGAUGUGCUCCUGAAUCUACUUUUUAUAAUAUCUGCUGUGCACAAUUUUCCAUGAACGUUACGACUUUUGUUUUGGGAUAGGGAGCGGGUGGGGAGGGAAGGGGGCUUUAUUUAUUGCAUUCACAGACUCCAUCCUCUCUCAACAUAUCCUUUUUAAGUUCAGUUCUUCUUCCAGUUAUACUGUGUACUAUCAGUUUUGAUAUAAAUUAUAUAUAAAUAUAUAUAUAAAUAAAUAUAUAUAAAGGGUUAUUUGAAACCAAUACAUGGAAACGCUGGUGCUUGAAACACUGUGAAGUGAAAACAAAAUAUUGAGCAGUUAGAGAUCUGAGACAGUCCCCUUCUGUGAAAGUGCUGAAGCUGAAAUGGAACUGGUCGUAGGUGAGGAGUGUUCCUGGAGGUUUGAACCUAGACAGGACCCGUUUUCUUGACUUGUUCCUUCCCCAUUUCUUCCCUAAGCAAUGGCUACAGUGUACUGAACACAGUUUGGAUUUUUAUACCUUGGGAUGUGAAAUCAGAGGAUCGCUCCGGGGCAGCUCGUGUUUGCACUGGAGUGACUCGGCUCGGCACUUUGCAGGGUUGUGUCCAACUGGGGCAUGAGUGCUCAGAGCCAGGCUGGUGUCAGCACACCCCAAUCCACGUGCUUUGGUAACGCGAGCAUCCCUGUAUCAUGCAUAGCCAAUCCCACAGAAGUUCAGCAUUCUUAGGUUUAAUGAAUUUUGGCUGUUUUUCAAACCUGCAUCAAUAACUGAGGUAGCUCUAGAACUGGAGUUGUGCUUGGGAUUUCAGGCAGCAGUGCUGUGGGGUUGUUUCUCACUGCAGCAUAUGCUUGGGUGCCAUCAGCUCCAUGUCCUGUGCUGUGUGAUUGCUGUUCAGCACAAUUCCAGCUGUACUCCAGAGCAGCUGAGCAGCACCCAGCGGGGGUGUUAGGCAUGUGGCAGCAGAUGCUCCUGGUAUCCUGCUGCAGAAGCAGUGAAAAACUUUGGUGCUGGGCACUGCUUGUGACCAGCGCCUCCUUCCUUUGUGCUCUGAUGUAUUCAGGCUGUCAUUUUCCUGGCCUGUUAGUGUUGCUUUACAGUUUACCUUCCAUGCAUUAUCCUGCUAAAACACUAGUCUGAAGAGGUAGAAAAAAAACCUCUUUUGCUUUUUUUUUUUCUUUGUUUAGUGGCCCCAGAGUGCUUUGUAGUAAUUUCAGGCACAGAGGCGGUGGCUUUGGUCAACAUUGAUGAGUAACUUUGGGGUGUGAUGAAAGAGUGCCACUUUUUUUUUUCUUGUUUGACAACUCCGUGCCGGCUGUUACAUUGUGAAUUAUUUGCUCAGCAAGAGGCGUUUCUCUUUAUGGAGGCAACUGGUGUAACCUUUCCUUUAAGAUCAGAGUGGUUGUGAGUAGCAGGUGUAGGUUCCUUUCACACAGCGACAGAAAGCCGUGCGGUGCCACCGCUCCUUCCCAGCCUCUGCCCCAGGUUGCACGCGGUGGCAGUGCCUUGGUGGCGGUGUCCCCAGUGCGUUCCUAUGGGCACCCCAGUGUAACUCUGCUGAUACCCGCGGUGUAGGCCGUCUUUACCUUUUUAAGCAUUUUUAAAGUAUUUAUUAAAGAACCAAAGGAAAACCGGAUGCUUCCUAUGAGCAUCAAGACAAUUUCUUAUACAUAGUUUUAAAUACUAUGAAUUUCUCAAUCCACGUUUUAACAUUAGUGGGAUAUUGCAAAGACAUUCCUUUUCCAGUUUUUACUAUUCCUUUAAGGGUCUCAGGGAGGGUAAACUGGUCAGCCAUAUUUAUUUAUUUUACUGAAAUGUAUUGGAAUAAUUUUUUAAGAGAGAUUUUUUGAAGAUGCCCCCGAACUUGUAUAUUUUGCACUGCUUUAUAAACGAUCCAUUAUCGAUUAGGCUUGCGCGCAUGGUGCCCAUGAUCCGGCAGCGCGUGCGAGCGCACGGCACGUCCCUCCAGUGGGGCUCUUCCUGGUGCUUCAAGUCAGCCGUGUGCUCCCACUCGUUGUUGAAUCUGGGAAUUGGUGCAAAAAAAAGCAUUGUGUGUACCAGGAAAUGGCUUCUUUCUCAAAUGGAUGGACCUGUAGAUGAGCUUUAACGCGGUACCCGGCUACUCAUCGGCUACUGGUUCAGGAAGCAAAAUCUGGUUUUGGGUGUGCCUCCUUGAUAAAGCAGCUUACUGUAAAUAAGUGGGAAAAUGUCUUUGGGACGAGUGACUUGUAAUUCUGCAUUUGGUAGGAACUGCUAGCAAAGCAUCCAGCUCAGCUGGCCUCGUUGUGCCGUGGGUUUGAAGGACAGCAUUCACUUCUGCACUUGGUUUCUGAGCUCAGCGCCCCAAGGCACGCGUCCAGAAAUGGGAUUCUGUUCACACUGCGUCCGUAGGUUUCCUGCUGUUGUUGGGGAGCGUGGCUAACAACCAAGCCAACAAAACACUAGUCUAGAGGAAGGACCGGGCUCUGGGCGUUCAGUGGCACAGAAGCAGGUAAGUAAAGCACAGUGUUACGUUUGCUAAGUUUCAAUUUGGCACAGACACACACAUACCAACACAGCUUGCCCAACUCAGUUUAACGUAGUUAUGCAAAGGAAGAAUCCAAAAGCAUUUCAGGCAAACAGACUAUUUAUUUUAAUUGGAAUACUUGGCUGGUCUCAAAUUGGACAGAUCUAAAAUGUGGCGGUAGCUUCCAUGAGUUUAUUUCCACUGAGAUUUUUCACCUGCCUUACCAAGAUCAUUCUCAGUCUACUUUUUUAAGCUCUACCAUAAACUUAAAUUAUUGAAAACUUAUUAAUUGCUGACUAUAUAAUAACCUUUGCUUGUAUGUAACCGAAUGGUUUUAAGAGCCAACAUUUAGAGUAUGACAAUGGAGCUGAACAGUUUUUAAUGCGCAAGCAGUUCUGUUCUUGUGUAUGACUUGUAACCUUAAUUUACUGUGUAAAGAUGGUUACAUUAUUUCCUUAGCUUUGUUUGUUGGAGACAAAUAUAGAAUGCUUGUUUAAGUAUGUCAAAACAUAAUCUUAUCUUGUGGAUUUUUAUGUUAAUGUAUUAUACGAGCUAUAUUUUUCAUUUGCCCAGAAAGACAGCUUGUAUAACGCUUCUGAAAGUUUUUCCGCUCUGUAAAGUCUUUAGAGCUGACAGUCCUGUUAGGUUUGUUUUAAUCUUCAUGCUAAAGUGUCAAUGGUGGUUUUGUGAACUGGUCAGAAAUUCACAGGUCUUAAAUGUUUUCGAGAAAUUUAUAUUGGACACUGCUCUUUGUCUAGCAAAUAAAAGAUGUUAAUAUAUUCCUGUUACUGGCAUGUGCACGACUGUUAUUAGAAGCCACUUUAUCAUUUUCCUGCUUUAAAUAGAAAUGUCUAUUUAUGAAUUCUGCUUGUAGUUUUUUCACAAAUAAAAUAGUAAAAUUUA